UUCAGUCCAAACACAGGUACCUACGCUGUGAUUCGUUUGAAUCCAGUCGCUAUGGUCGAGGACCUCAACGACCCAGAAGCUCUGGUCGCCGCGGAAGCCCUACAAACGAAGAGAUACCUCGUAUACCUCGAAUACGUGAGUCUAGAACUUCCCUUUCCCAACCGGCCGUGGUAUCGGUACACCGUCUGUCCAAUCGCUCCCUCGCUACGAGCCGAGGACAAAGCCGAGGGAUACACUCCCGAUAUGUGCGUUCCAAUUUUCCCGAACACAUCCCAUCCGCGGGGACGUACGCCUCUGCGCACGGAGCCCGUAUUCCCAUACGACAACUGCUAUCACUGGGCGCAGUUCCGGACCGAUAUUCGUGUCCGUGCACGAGCGGAGAAGUUCAAUGAGCGGCGGGCUAUUCGGCUG